AGUUAAUCAUAUAAUCCAGUUCUGGAUGAUAGCUGAGGCAGCUUCUUCUUAGCCACAGAAUAUUGACCUACUUUCUCCUUAUCUGUGUGCAAAAUAUUUGUUGUACUUAGUGUGUUCUCCCUGUCACAACGAUUAUUUGUCUACCUCUUCAUAUGAAGUGAAUGUGAGCGUGCUAGUUAAAUCAGUGGAAAAAACAAUGGAGAAUUGCAAGAGACUAUGGCCAAAAUGGAGGUGAAGACCUCACUUCUGGACAAUAUGAUUGGAGUUGGCGAUAUGGUUCUUUUAGAACCUCUCAAUGAGGAGACCUUUAUCAAUAACCUCAAGAAGCGCUUUGACCAUAAUGAAAUAUAUACAUACAUUGGAAGCGUGGUUAUAUCUGUUAACCCCUACCGGUCAUUGCCCAUUUAUUCUCCAGAGAAAGUGGAAGAUUACAGGAACAGAAAUUUUUAUGAACUGAGCCCUCACAUCUUUGCUCUGUCAGAUGAAGCAUACCGAUCCCUAAGAGAUCAAGAUAAAGACCAGUGUAUUCUCAUUACUGGGGAAAGUGGAGCAGGAAAAACAGAGGCCAGCAAGCUUGUCAUGUCCUAUGUAGCAGCUGUUUGUGGAAAAGGAGCAGAAGUUAAUCAAGUCAAAGAGCAGCUUCUACAAUCCAACCCAGUCCUGGAAGCUUUUGGAAAUGCCAAAACUGUGAGGAAUGACAACUCCUCUAGAUUUGGCAAAUACAUGGAUAUUGAAUUUGACUUUAAAGGUGAUCCACUAGGAGGAGUGAUAAGUAACUAUCUUUUAGAAAAAUCUCGGGUUGUGAAGCAGCCAAGAGGUGAAAGAAACUUCCAUGUGUUCUAUCAGCUGCUCUCAGGUGCCUCCGAAGAACUCCUCAGUAAACUGAAACUUGAGAGGGAUUUCAGCAGGUACAAUUAUUUGAGUCUGGACUCCGCCAAAGUUAAUGGAGUGGAUGAUGCAGCAAAUUUCAGAACCGUUCGGAACGCCAUGCAGAUCGUGGGCUUUAUGGAUCAUGAAGCCGAAUCUGUCUUAGAGGUGGUAGCCGCGGUGCUGAAACUAGGGAACAUUGAGUUCAAGCCUGAGUCUCGAGUGAAUGGCUUAGAUGAAAGCAAAAUCAAAGAUAAAAAUGAGUUAAAAGAAAUUUGUGAGCUGACCAGUAUUGAUCAAUCCGUACUAGAGCGAGCAUUCAGUUUCCGAACAGUUGAAGCCAAGCAGGAGAAAGUCUCAACGACAUUGAACGUGGCUCAGGCUUACUACGCCCGUGACGCUCUGGCUAAAAACCUCUACAGCAGACUGUUUUCAUGGUUGGUAAAUCGAAUCAAUGAAAGCAUUAAGGCACAAACAAAAGUGAGAAAGAAGGUCAUGGGUGUUUUGGACAUUUAUGGCUUUGAAAUUUUUGAGGACAAUAGCUUUGAGCAGUUCAUUAUUAAUUACUGUAAUGAAAAGCUGCAGCAAAUCUUCAUUGAACUAACUCUUAAAGAAGAGCAGGAGGAGUAUAUACGGGAGGACAUAGAAUGGACUCACAUUGAGUACUUCAAUAAUGCAAUCAUUUGUGACCUAAUAGAAAAUAACACAAAUGGAAUCCUGGCCAUGCUGGAUGAAGAGUGUCUGAGGCCUGGCACGGUCACCGACGAGACCUUCUUAGAGAAACUGAACCAGGUGUGCGCCACCCACCAGCACUUUGAGAGCAGGAUGAGCAAGUGCUCUCGGUUCCUCAACGACACGUCUCUGCCUCACAGCUGUUUCAGAAUUCAGCAUUAUGCUGGCAAGGUGCUGUACCAGGUGGAAGGAUUUGUUGACAAAAACAAUGACCUUCUCUAUCGAGACUUGUCCCAAGCCAUGUGGAAGGCUGGCCAUGCCCUCAUCAAAUCUUUGUUCCCCGAAGGGAACCCUGCCAAGAUCAACCUAAAAAGGCCUCCUACUGCAGGAUCACAGUUCAAGGCUUCUGUGGCCACAUUGAUGAAAAACCUACAGACCAAAAACCCAAAUUACAUUAGAUGUAUCAAACCAAAUGAUAAAAAAGCAGCACACAUCUUCAACGAGGCUCUAGUUUGUCAUCAGAUCAGGUACCUGGGUCUUUUGGAGAAUGUUCGAGUGAGGAGGGCAGGCUACGCCUUCAGGCAGGCCUAUGAACCAUGUCUAGAAAGAUACAAAAUGCUUUGUAAGCAAACAUGGCCUCAUUGGAAAGGUCCUGCAAGAUCUGGUGUGGAAGUUCUGUUUAAUGAAUUAGAGAUUCCUAUGGAAGAAUACUCCUUUGGUAGAUCAAAGAUAUUCAUCCGAAACCCAAGAACUUUAUUCAAAUUAGAAGACCUGAGGAAGGAACGGCUAGAGGACUUGGCUACCCUCAUUCAGAAAAUUUAUCGAGGGUGGAAGUGUCGUACUUACUUUCUGCUAAUGAAGAAAAGUCAAAUUGUGAUUGCUGCGUGGUACCGGAGAUAUGCGCAACAAAAGAGGUACCAACAGAUAAAGAGUUCUACCUUGGUAAUUCAGUCUUAUAUCCGAGGUUGGAAGGCUCGGAAGAUCCUGCGGGAACUGAAACAUCAAAAGCGCUGUAAGGAAGCAGCCACAACCAUUGCAGCUUAUUGGCAUGGUACCCAGGCGCGAAGGGAACUGAGACGGCUGAAGGAGGAGGCUAGGAAUAAACAUGCUAUUGCAGUUAUUUGGGCUUACUGGCUUGGAUCAAAGGCUCGAAGGGAAUUGAAACGCUUGAAGGAGGAGGCUAGGCGUAAGCAUGCAGUUGCUGUCAUUUGGGCUUACUGGCUUGGACUGAAGGUACGUAGGGAGUACAGAAAAUUCUUCAGAGCCAAUGCUGGAAAGAAAAUUUAUGAGUUCACACUGCAGAGAAUUGUGCAAAAAUACUUCUUGGAAAUGAAAAAUAAGAUGCCUUCCUUAUCUCCAAUAGACAAGAACUGGCCAUCAAGACCUUACCUAUUCUUAGAUUCUACUCACAAAGAGCUAAAAAGGAUUUUCCACUUGUGGAGGUGUAAAAAAUACAGGGACCAGUUCACAGACCAACAGAAACUUAUUUACGAAGAGAAACUAGAAGCCAGUGAACUUUUUAAAGACAAGAAGGCUUUAUACCCAUCUAGUGUUGGGCAGCCAUUCCAAGGGGCUUACCUGGAAAUCAAUAAGAACCCCAAGUAUAAGAAACUCAAAGAUGCCAUUGAAGAAAAGAUAAUCAUUGCUGAAGUUGUGAACAAAAUUAACCGUGCUAAUGGGAAGAGUACCUCCCGGAUUUUCCUCUUAACAAACAAUAAUCUUCUCCUUGCUGAUCAAAAGUCUGGACAGAUCAAGUCAGAGGUUCCUCUAGGAGAUGUGACCAAGGUAUCCAUGAGUUCACAAAAUGAUGGCUUCUUUGCUGUCCACCUCAAAGAGGGCUCAGAGGCAGCUAGUAAAGGAGAUUUUCUCUUCAGCAGUGACCAUCUGAUUGAAAUGGCCACCAAGCUCUAUCGUACAACACUCAGCCAAACCAAACAGAAGCUCAACAUUGAAAUUUCCGAUGAGUUUCUGGUGCAGUUCAGACAGGACAAAGUAUGUGUGAAGUUUAUUCAGGGAAACCAGAAAAAUGGGAGUGUCCCAAUGUGCAAACGAAAAAACAACCGGCUCCUUGAAGUCGCUGUCCCUUAACUGACGCCUGCUCUUUGUGCUCAUGGACUUGUUUCUUUGUAAUAGUGCAAUUGGAGUUACGUUUUGUUGGGGGGUUUUUGUAUGUUUGGAAAUUGCCAAAGGCUAACUGUGCUUGGUAGUCCCUUGGCAAAAAUAAAAAUAUUUGACUAAUCAAUUUUUAUUACUGGGAUAGUUUUAACCCUUAAAGUACAUGUUCUGUCCAAGGAUAGGAUUAUAGAAACUAACCGAGUCUAGGCCAUGCCAUGUGUUCUGUUUUUUAGUCAUCAUGUUAGAUCUGUGUACCAUAAACCAACAUGUUACUCAUAAAUCAUUCAUACAUCUAAGUAUAGAAAAUGGUCUUAAAAGACAGUGCAUUCAUUCAUCAAAUAUUUAUUGAGUGCCUAUUCUGUGCUAGGCACUAUGCUCCAUGGUAUAUAACUUUUUUUUUUUGUCUUGAAGGCCAUUGCAUUAUGGCUGGUUUGUGUUGAUUUAACUACGGCUUGAAAAUGUUGAGACCAAAACAGUGACUUUUAAUGAUUGUUAAGAACCCUGUAGUAUGAUCCUUAGCAAUAUGUACUUCAAGGAAGGGCUGGUCCUCAGAAGGAGUCAAAAUCUAUGACUGGGUACAAUGCCUCCACUUGUGGUUGCUCUUUGAAGAAGGAAAAUUGACAUUUGAGCAAGACUGUUAACUUGUUUAGAUCGCUCAUAAUUGCCUUUAAUAGUAGAAAACAGAGCCAUUCUUAUUUUAGAAAAAAAUGACAGAAGCAGUUCAUUAAGAUUAUAUUUUCCUGUGCCGGGUAACAUCAGAUAUAAUCUUAGGUAUGCUGUUAUCUGCAGUGUUGUUCUCACCCAGAUUUGAGUAGGUGUUUUAAACAGCUAGAGCAAUAAAGGGCUGGAAGUCUCUCAGAUAGUGGCAGGUGUUCUGUACGAUGUGCAAUAUAACAUCCAAGAUCUUUUUGAAAGUUUUAUUUAUAAUAUACCUUUUUGUAUGGGAAAUAAUUGGUACAGGGUGCAUAGUUUAAUCAAGGAUUUGAAGUAAGUUUGUGUUGAUUUGCAGGGCUGUUCUUUCUUAAUUUUGUUUUCCUCAAAUUUCCAAUAAAAAUUAUUUUGGAAACUGCAUUUUAAACUUUGGAAUCAAAUUGUUUCUUAUUUGGGAGGAUAAUGUAUAUACAUUGGUAUUAUGUUAAAUAAUAAAAUUGCUCUAAUUUGGUGCCACUUUCUGGAUCAUAACUAUUUUUGUAUUUCAAGCUAUUUUCUUAUGCUAUAGGAAAUGUAUAAUCACACAGAAAGACUUUACAAUCCAAGCAUUAUAUGUUCUCUGUGUAAUUGAAUUCCAUUUAUCUUUUAUAAAUCACAAACAUUCAUUGAAAGCAUUUUCUGAGGAACGACUUUUUAAUUUUUAUACUUAAAAAAGUAUUCACAUAAAGAACUUCUUGGAAG